AUGGCAGGCUACUUCACGGCAGCUCUUCUUCGCGGGGUACAGCCCGUAGAUGGGUUAGGCGCCGGGACGCCCUUUAUCACCGCGGGUGACGGCAACUGCCUGUUGAACGCCGUGGCCCAGCUAUUCGCGAAAAAAACCGGCGGGAUGAGGAACGAGAUUAAAUCCUUGGCGGUGAAGCUACGACUGAGGGUGACCCUCGAGGAGAUGCGGCACAUGGAGGAAUACCUCUCUUGUCAACAGGAAUUCUUCAUGUGUUGGUCCAACUACGGGGAUGAAGUGCGAGAAGGACUGCCUAAGCUGGGGUGGACCAUCGAAGCAGACGCGCACAACAAGCAUCGAGUGGGGAGGGGGGGGGGGGGG